AGGGGAAGAAAUGAGUUGUGACAAGUCCCGUGGUUCAGCGGCUCUGUCAAGUUGAGCCGUGAUGCGUCAACCCGGUGAAUCACCACCAUUACCGAGGAGGAGGAGGUGGAGGAUAACGAAAAAAGAAGAAGAAGACGAAGAAGACGAAGAGACAGGAUGGGAAGGAGGGGAGGAAAGAAGGGGAAAGGGUAUAAAAAGAGGAGGAGGAGGUACAUAAAGGCUCCACCGUCGCUCAGUCUGUCACAGACCACACGCACCAAGUCAGCGGAUCGUCAAUUUCAGCGCCAUCCUAAGACGCAAAUAGGAGAGAGGAGAUCAUUAUCGGGUUAUUUCUGCGCUUAGUGGAUGAACUUCUGAGUGCGCACCGACGUGGAUAAAAGGAUUUGAGGAAAAUGAGGAGGUUCUGCGGAGUCGAUCAACACCAGCUCGUCUUGCUAUUGGCCACUGCCAUGGCUACCGCUGUGGAUGCUCUCCACAACCUGGCCAGUGAGAGGAGUUCAAUACAGAGCACCUACGAGCUCACUAAGUACCUGGAGUAUCAGCUGAAAGAGAUCAAAGACGUAUAUCUGACCUAUCUUGGCCCUCCAUUCAAUGAGAAAGAUUUUUCCCCUCCACGGCCCAACAGUACAGCUCUGACCCUACCGAGUGCUGCCACUCGAGUGGACCAGUGGCACCGCCUGGAGAACAAAGCCCGGCUGGCCCAGAACCAAAAGGCCUACUCUAUUCUUCUGGGAGCCGUCAGAGAGCUUGCCCGCUCAACCCUCUGCCCUUCACUCAAGACCUCCCUGCUGCACUUCUGCACAGGUCUGGAUGGACUGCUGGGUUCAAUAUCUGCACUGAUGACUGCCCUCGGUGACACAAAUCCUACACAAACUCCAAACAUGAGAAGUAAUACUGGCGAGCUGCAGUAUUUACAGAGGGGAACAGGAGGUGACCGACCAGCUCCGCUCAUGAGCCAGAACCUGUACAGAUCCAGAGUCGGAUCUAGAUCGCUGUCUGGUCAGCGUGACAACCAAAGAAGUGGGGCAAAGUUAGUCAGAGGAGUUAGGGAAGAUGGUGUCACUAAGGACCUGACAGAAAAAAGGAGAGGAAAAGAGGGAAGGAGAGCAGAGGCAACUGGACGAAGGAAUAGUGGAUUGAAGGAGAGGGUAAGGGGAGAAAGAGGGAGAAGAGAGAAGAGAGAAGAGCCAGAGAGAGGAAAAUUGGGAGCCAGUGCAAAAAAAGCAGCAGGGAAGGAGGAAGAGGAGAGACAGGAGAGAAAGGGGGAGUUGGAGAGAUGGGUGGGGAGGAGAAGGUUGUUGAAUAUCAUGGAGGAUGGAGAGGAGCAGGAGAUGCAGCCCAGACCCUGGGUUGAAGUGUCAUAUCUUAGCACAGAAGGCUCUGACUCCCUUCAGCAACAAACAGCAAACCAGCAAGAAACCAGCAACCGCCAAUACAGCUACAACCUGAAUGCACAUCACUUAGACACACUCAGAGCAGAGGAUGGAUUUAUUGUAGAGGGAAACAGAGGCUCAGUGGUGGUGGAGGAGAAGCAAGCAGACACAGGUGAAUAUCUGAAGCAGCGUCGGUCACCUCGCUCACUCCUCUCCCCAACCCUCCAACCUCCUCUGUCCACACUCUCCCUCCUGUACCAGUUUGGAGCAGGUGAGGAGCACACCCUCCUCCCCCAACCAGUCCCUCUGUCUUUACAAAGGGGCACUUCCCUUCUCUCGCCUCCUUUCAGUCCACUCUUCACCUCCUCCUCCACCUCUUCCUCCUCUUCCUCCUCUUCACUCCUGUCAGUGCGGCCGACGAUGAAUGACUUCACCAGGAAGGUGGAGGGUUUCUGGAUACUGCGAGAGCUGCAGAGCUGGCUGUGGCGAUCGGCGAAGGACUUUAACUGCCUCAAGAAGAAACUCCGAGGCUGAGACACUGACAACACUAUCACACUCACGAACACACGCAGACACACAAAAGUGCAGUAUAUCGGAAAUCUAUUAUUUGCACAAAAUCUGAGUGGAAUCAAACUGACAGAUUUAACAGACAAAAGCACAUAAACACAUGCAUUCAUACCAUACUGGAAUAAGUGAAUGAAGGACUAUUUGGCAGGCCACCAGAAGUGCUAAUGGAAUAUAAGACACAAAGCCAACACAUUGCCAGCACUGUCACCCGCCUAAUGCACAUAGCAGCUCAUUGAACAAGACACACUGAGGCUGGGCUGAGUUACCGGACUUCACGGCUCAUAGAUCAACAGAAAUACCACUGUAGGUGGUUAGACACACAUACAAACGAGGGCAGACUGAGUGACAGGCGGCGAGACAGACAGUGCCUCCAUUGAGUGAAAACUGAUUCAGUCACCCCAGAUGUGUGAAUCAGCAAACAUUCAUUUUCUCUAAAGGACGAAGGGGAAAAAUUCUGAAUGGGCAAAAGACAAAAGAGGAGGAAAAAUGGCCGGAGGGAUGAUGGGGGUGCAGAGGAGGAGAGAAAGAGGCAGAAAAGGAAAGGAAGCUGAGAGGAGGCGUGAGUCAGGGGAUGACUCUGGAAAUAACCAGCAGAGCGGUAGUGCUGAGUAAUCACAAGUCAACUGGUCAGUUACAGUAACCCUACAACAGUGCUACACAUACUGUCCAGACACACAUACACACACUUAUUGUGGGGUUUCCUGCCUUAACAUGUCAUCUACUUGUAUGCCUUCAAUUCAGCGCUUCUAGUUUUGUACAACCUGUUAAAUAAUUCACUCCACAGUAAGAAAUAUUUAAUAAAAUCAGAAAAACUAAAGAAAUACUUCAUCGCUACACUGCAGUGGAAAACAUACUAAUGUGCUUGCUGAGGGAGAGGUUGAUGAGAAUGUCAAAACCACUGUCAUAUUUGUACAAUGAAUAUGAAUCUAGAGCCAGGAUUUGGUCAGCUUUAUUAAGCAUAAGGAAAAUCAUGAGAAAAUCUACAAGCCAGCAGCUCUAAAGCUCAUAUUUGAACGUAUUAUUUUUUCUUUUUUUUUUUCUUUUUUUUUUUUGAACCAGGCAAAACACAACUUUUAAAACACCAUGCUGCAAACCAGCAGAACCUGCAAGAGGUCACUGCUGUUUGGUAAAGAUCAGUCCUGCUCAAAAUCUUGAGUAUAAAGUUGCAUAACUUCAGCAUCCAUCUGAUACCACAAAUUGUAAUUUGUAUAUGUAUUUUUAGCAAAUGAGAUUUAAUAUGUUAUGUGUGUGAGGUACUGGAUAAUUUUUUUUGUAGCCAUUAGUGCCAUGGGAACAUUUUCUCCCUGUUCUCAACUUUCAUGUGUGCUUCAAAUGCCUUGUGCCAUAGCUACAGCCACUGAUUGUGCUUUCUCAAAUGCAACCCCCCCACCCUCCAAAAAAACCAACCAAACAAAAAAACAACAUGAAAGUGGACCUAUUAUGCUCAUAUUUAUUUAUUUAUUUAUUUUUAAAUAAUUGACUACUCUGCAUAGGUUUUGUGUCACCCCUUAUUUCUUUAGAUUUCGCUUACAAGGAUUGAGACCUUCUUGUGAUUUUUAAAGUGGUCUUAUAAGUUUUUUCCUUUGGACACUGGAAGAACGAAGUGGAGGAACGAAGUGACAAGGCUAAAAAUUAUCAACAGUAGAUGAACAGUAUCUGAAAGUCAUGUCCUUAAGAAAAAAAUCCAGCAAAAACCUGACACAGGACCGAAGAGAUUCAUCUGGAUCUUCACUUGAUGCAUCUGCUGUUCAUUGAAGCCACAUCAGAAAUGGUGUCAGUGGAAGGGUGGCUGUCAAAAAUCAGGGAGAAGAAGCUGAGGUAUGCCAAAUUACACAAGAACUGGGCUGAAAAACAGUGGCAACAGGUCUUAUAGAGUGAUGUAUCCAAAUUUGACAUUU